ACCUGAUUCCACGCAAGAACAAUCUCGGAGAUGCAAUCAAGCACCCAGACCUGAGCCCGAUGAACAUGUUGACACGCGAAGAGGAAUUAUCUGGGUAAAAAUUGAUACGACCGACUCCAGAUCGUAUCACUGACGCAGUCAGUACCACAGAAUGAUGGAUUGGGAUACAGUCACGAUCGUGCCAGCACCAAUAGCGGUUCAACACCCACUAUUUAUAUCGAACAUUCCGGGAUAUUUGAACCGUGUCCCUAAAGACAUGGACUUCGCAGAAGAUCGAGCCUAUCUGGUAGAAGCUAUGCGGAAGCUGUCUACGGACGCCAGUAAUGUUGCAGACCUGCUUUCGAGCUCUUUCGAGCGACAGUUUUUCGAGCUCUCUCUUCGCAACAGGCACGUGAACAAUGAGUACUUUGAACUGAGGCUGGAAAACGUUGAAUUUCCCAAGAUGCUGGAAUUGAUCAGCUCAAUCUUUUCCUUUCCACGAAUAAGGAGAUGGAGCGUCAUUCUACGAUUUUGGAACCGAAGGCAUAACUCACGAAGAAGGUCAGAGGAAGUGAUGAGUGAUUUGAAAUGUAAAUGCUUUUCGACCCGAACAAUGCACCGUCUAAUGAUAUUCGUAGCUACAUCAAAGUAAUCGCGUAUCGACAUGAACCCUGAAUCCAAUCAUGAAGCGUUAUCCAUCAUGGCGGGCACGCUCUAGACGCAGUGGAUGGCACCGUCGGCGUGAGUGUGGCAGUUGGCAGGGAUGGCUGAGGUGGUGGCGGCAGUGGCAGCAGUGGCAGUGCUAGUAGCUGCAGUCGAGAUGGUGGCUGCACGCGAGGUGGUGGCAGCAGCAGCAGCACCUGAGGACGUAGAAGCGGCGGAGGAGGUGGCCGCAGGGGCAGCGGCGCUGCUUGUGGCACCGAGCUUACCGCUUGGA